ACCUGGUGUGUUGAUCCAUGACGGGAUUUGUAGACGCCAUGACGCUUUCCUCCAAACUGUCAGUUUGUUGUCUCGACGAGGCGGGUGAAAUAAUGGAAGACUAUGAAAAGUUCAUACAACGCCGACUUUACGAACUGAAAAGGAAGGAUAGCAACGACCACAACAAGAACCAACGCCGGACACUGGAAUCACCAUGUACUCGCCACGGAUCAUCAGCCAUCCGUUUCCAUGGCUCACCCAUCCUUCCUCCAUUGCUCACAGGAGUGCAAAGAGAAGAGAUGCAGAGACACAGAGAGGCAGCCAAGAGGACGAUGGAUAGGAGGAAGACUCAGCCCUCUGAGACGAGGAUGUCCUACGUUCAGAACAUUCUACACAGUGUUCAGCUGAGGCAAGCACCAACACUGGAGGAGUUCUUUCAGGGUGAACCAGGACUAACGGCAGCCAAAACCACCAACCUACACCACAGCAAUGUCCGACAGGUUCUAGCGUCGCAGAAUGAUUAUGUCACUGAGACCAAGGACAGCUUGCCGGGGUCGUCCUCCCCACCAACCUUAACCGUCAUGCAUGAUGGGAAAGCAGGCAUCCUUGUCCGAGGUCCUCCCAUGACAUCGACGGCCUACGGCGCCUUCACAACAAAUCACCUUACAACUCUCCAUAACACCACCACUGUGAGGGAGACCUUCCUAGAUAAGCUGGUCUGUGACCCCAUGACACCUUCUCUAGCUAGAGAGACAACCACACACACCAACCAGGUUGCUCCACAAACAGAGACCCGGACCAGGGAGAGACUCUUGUAUGACCAGGAUAAGACCACCAAUGCUGAAUGUGUUCUGGAGGAGGACCUGGGUUCAGGAGAAGCAACGGUGGAUCCUCUAGCUGACAUAAGCCACCAGUCUUCUGGGUACGCGACGUGUGAAAACGCGGAGGCCACCUGGGUCCUGAGUCGGACUGAGGCUGGGGAGAGCAUUUUGUCAGGGCCCGAGGAGGGGACACCAGUUGGAACGGGGGGGUAUCUCCUACACAGCACCUCUGAUACAAACACAACCAAGGCAUGUAAUAUCAUCAGCCAUCCUCCCAUUGAUGCUGAAGAUCUGGAGGAGGGGUCGUCACCGUGUGACGAUGACCUCAUAACCGGUCGCCCCGCAGAUGAGGCGAGCGUGACGUCGUCCUGGUGUAAUGACGUCAUACCAGACUAUUUAGAGGAAGCGUUGGUGACGUGGCCUCUACAGAGCAGCGAUAUCACACCUCCUGUAGAAGACCGCAGAGCAAGUCACCCAGGAAAGAAGUGUAGCACUGCUAAUAUUGUGACUUUCCCUCAGCAUCAAGCCUCAUCAUCACUAUCAGACCGUCCUGAACCCAAGAUUGUAGUGACAUGUCCUCAGGCUGAGGCUUCGACACCGGACCUCUGCAAACCAGAUCAGAACCAGGCGUCAGACUUAGACCUGGACCGACCGGAGGGACCAUACCGGCUCAGCCUCCAGACUCUUCUAAAGAAAUCCCAGGCCGCUUUGGAACGCCCCAAACCAGGCAGGAACCAGCCAGGAUCAGAACCAAAGAGCCAGGCUGGAGAUGUAGACUUGGACCCGGAACCAGUGGCAGGGCCGUACCGCCUCAGCCUCCAGACCCUGCUGAAGAAGUCCCAGGAGCACCGGAGACGCCAACGUCAGCUGAAGAACCAGACCAAGGCCUCUACUUGUCCUACCGGGACCCAGGAGGCCUCGACACACCAGAAGAUGGAGGAGGAGAUGAGUUUCUCAGACAAGGAGAAUGAGGAGUUCCUGCAGUCAGGGAGAGUGGUGGCAGAGGGAAGGAAAACCCGGGACAGGGAUUGGAGAAAGGAUCAUCUGGGGAUGGGAGUCCAGUUUUCUGGGUCGCCACCACUAGAGAUAUUCCCUAAGGAAGCGUGGGUUCAACGUGAGGAGGAGAAGGCGAGGUCUAGCAUUGUGGAAAGAAUGGGACUCGAAAAAGGAUGUCGUGAAGGAAUAUUGAAGGAAUUGGAGGCUGGAAAUGGCCCUUCACAUUUGGUUGGUCUAGAAGGAGACACCCAAUCUCCUCCAGGAGUGGACAUUGAUGCGGGCUCGGCAGUCGAAGACAUCCAGCUACACCUCUCACCAGACAUCACAGCAGCACCGUCAAUGCUAAUGGAGAACCUUCCACAUCCUAUCUCAGCCGAUGCCUCCAUAACCCAGAAAUCAUUCUACCUAGUCAGGGAGAAGAGCACUAGCCUGCCGAGGCCUUCCUCUCUGGGAGGUAGUAGGUUCCAGACCGUCCCUACCCCCCAGUUUAGUAUGAGCCCUAUCCGCUGUAAGAGUAAAGGAGACAGUGGGGGAGGAGGGCGUGGCACCCCCAAGAGGCAAAUCCUGGUAAACACACCUUUGAAUGUAGACAACGAGGUAGGGUCGGUGACUGGGCAGGAAAAUGUUGCUUGGGACCAAAGGCAUCUGCAUAGAGUGCCCCUAGUGGCUGGGGAUGGUAUAUCACAAGGCUUUACUGCUCCUACAACUCCCCUAGUGGCUGGGGAUGGUACAACACCUAUGCGUCGGAGCUCAGACCAGGCAGAACAGAUAGCUCAGCUGGAGCUCAACCUGUCCAGCCUCAAAAUACUGAUCUCAGACCUGGAGUCCACACUAACAGAGACACCAGAGAGCCACCAGACACACAACAACAGCCACACUGAUAAUAGUAGUAACCUUACCAUGGAGUUGCCACAUAAAUACAUGGACUACCAUACACCUGAGAGUCAGGCAGAGAGUAACCUUACUGACAGUGAGAAAGGAAGAGGGGAUGGAGGUCAGAGGUCAGCUGGUAAGAUGACGGUGGUCCCCUGUAGAGUCCAGGGGUGUGACAGCGUACCUCCAUUGGUCAAGGAGGUGGAGAUCACUGUUACAACAGGUUACAAAAAACAAGAUGGUCGCCAGCAGCAGCCUCUUGCAGCGCGCCUCGUCACCUCCCUCACUCAGAAGAGGAGAGUUUCUGACGUGUUCCGGAAGGUUCCAUAUGAUGUCAUCAAGGUUCCGUCGGAAGUCAUCAAGGUUCCGUCGGAAGUCAUCAAGGUUCGGAAUGACGUCAAGAUUCCAGCAUCACACAAAACACCUUUCUCCGUCCUCUCAGACGCCAGUAACAACCAGCACCAGCCAAUGGAGUGGAAGAGUUAUCCGGAGGACCCCGCCCACUUCCAAUCCAUCAACCAAUCGUAUGACGUGGACACGCCCUCAGGGCUCUGGCUCCAGGGAGGGUCAGGGUCAGAGGGGUCGUUGAAAGGUCAUUACCCCGCGGGGAAGCAGCUGACCCCUGAGAACGGAGGUGGUGGUCAGGGAGGGGCGUCAAGGGCCAAACGUAGACUGGUCAUGCACACGACAGAGGGGAACAGGGGAGGAGGACGAAGAGGGGUGAUGGACAGGCCUCCCUCCAGUACUCCUGAAGCUGCGGUGCUGUCACACAGUCAGGAGAGCCAGCAGCUGAAGCAGCUCCAGCUGACCCAUGCAGGCCAGGUCAGAGCCCUGAAGGAGGAGCAGAGGAGACAGCAGCAACAACUACUGCAGUCUCCCAGGUGUCUGUCUGUGUGUUAUGGUCCCCUGGUGGCAGCAGCAGUGAAGGGAUACCUAACCAGGAGGCUCCUACACACAGAGAGAGUGGGACAGCUGCUAUGUACCAUCAAGGACACGCAGCAGUUCCUACAGUCCUUCCAGCCCCAGAGCCCUGGGAGAGACAGCAGGCAAGACCUGGUGCUGCAGGAGAGAGUCACACUGCAGCUCCGCCGGCGCGUUAUGAGGUCCAGGACAUCUUCUGUCUGUCAGCAGGAGACAGGAUGCAGAUCAUCAGCUGGGACAGACAGCUGGCCAGGGACAGAGAGAUGAAACACAAGACUGGGGAAACGGGGUCGACCAGGAGGAAGAGUUCUCUGUCAGCUGCUACACAGAAAGCCCUGGAGAGGAAGAGAGGAGUCAUGAUGAGGAAAACGGCAGAGAGGCAGAGGGGGACUGGAGCUGGGGUU